CACAGAAUGGCGUGAGGACCGAGGCCGUUGGUUGGUGUGAUCUGAGCCACGUGUGCGUCCAGCCACGUCUCUUCGCCGCUUCAUGGAUGUCGACGAAACGUUGGCUUCCUAUGCCGCCCGGUCCCUUCUGUCUUGGCCCAGGUUACCUGAUAUGAGGUGACAAAUGGGAUCUCAAAGAAGACUGUAGGCAGUCGUGCUUCAGUCUGUCACUCUCCGGGGGGUUUGCAGCUCGACAAAUACAGUCACAGUGUAUGAACCAGGCACUUGGAUGUUGAAGCUGACUGUUUUGGGUAGUACUCAGGCAUGAAUCCCUUUAAGCAAAUGACUGUGAAAUACAACAGUGCUUGAAUAAAGAGAACUCCCUCUAAGCAAAAGAAAGCGAAAAACAAAGGAUCUACUGGCGAUGCCACUGCUCUGCCGUACGAUGUGUUUAAAACGGGGAUUCAGGCCGAGGAAGACGCUCUACCUCCACAACACUGGGCAGCCAUGAAUUCUGCACUGCCGGCCUUGCUAUCUUCAGCCAUGAGUGUAACUGUAAGCUGAUAGUAUGUGACCAACUGCACCGUGGCACCGAACGCCCUGCUGCUUCACCUCCUUAAUAAAACCUAGCUGGACUAUCCAGUCAUUGUUAUGAAAAUGGCAUCUGAGAAUUUCCAUCCCUGGACAAAGGAGAGCGAGCUCCAGACAGCUGAUUUGCCAGUGUUGUCACUAGCAUCCCUCCAUCUCAGGGACGAGGCUGUGGUCAUCAGUGAGAACACCAACCAUAUGGGGGAUAAUCCUGAGCCCCAUCGUGCAUAUCCUGUGAUGUCAUCACUGCUUACCCAACGUCGACAGCAGGCAGAAAUAUCCAUGGCUAGUAGGCCUGAGCUUCCACCAGCUGAUCAAGAGCUCUUGGAUACUGAGAUGGGGCAAAACGACAGUGAGGCACAGUCUAAUACCCUGACGGCGUUUCUUCAGGACUUUUCUGCUCAUCCUGAUCAUCAUGAAGUGUUUCCUGAGCUAAGAUCCAACGCCACGCAGGAAGCAGAACUUCAACCUGAGAACAACGUAACGAAAGCUGUGGCAGCAUGUGAGUCCAGCGCUGAUGACCCCCAGCUGUCUGAAGCCGACUGGUACUGGGGAAACAUCUCAAGAGAGGAAGUGAAUGACAUGAUGAGAAACACUCCAGAUGGCACAUUCCUGGUCCGAGAUGCUUCCAGUAGGAUUAAGGGGGAAUACACACUGACACUAAGAAAAGAUGGCUCCAACAGACUAAUAAAAAUUUUCCAUCACGGGGGGAAAUAUGGUUUUUCCGAGCCACUGGCCUUUCCCUCUGUGGUGGACCUGAUCCAGUAUUUCCAGAAAAAGUCACUGGCCCAGUACAAUUCUAAACUGGAUACACAAUUACUUUACCCAAUUUCAAGAUACCAGCAGCAGCAGGUUUUGAUGGAAGUUGACAUUGGCACAGCUGGAGAACAGCUGAGGAUAUUUCAGGAUGAAUACAAAGAGAGGAGCAAAGAGUACGACUGCCUGUUUGAGGAGUUGGACCAAACCUCCCAGGAACUGCAGAGCAAGCGAACAGCCAUUGAGGCAUUCAGUGAAAUAAUUCGGAUCUUUGAGGAGGAGUGUGAAACCCAAGAACGUUAUAGCAAGGAAUACAUCGACAUGUUCCUCACAUUGGACAGCAGUACAGAGACUGACAACAUUCAAAGCAACUCGGACGAAAUGCAGUCAAGUGUGGAAGAGAUACAUAGCAGCAAGAAGUUGUUGGAGGAAGAGCUGAGGAAGAAGAUGCUGGCUCACAUGGAGGUCAACAGGAAAAUGAACAGCCUAAAGCCUGACCUAGUGGAGCUAAGGAAGAUCAGAGAUCAAUACCUGCUCUGGCUCACCCAGCAAGGCACGCAGCAGAGCCAGAUUAAUGACUGGCUGGGUAUCAAGAAUGAAGAAGAAGACCCGUACACACUAGCAGAUGAUACCCACCUGGAGGAGAGGAGCUGGUACGUAGGUGGCAUGAGACGUAAAGAGGCGGAGGAGCUGCUCAGAGGGAGGAGAGAUGGGACUUUCUUAAUCAGAGACAGCCAGACUCAGAGAGGCUCCUUUGCCUGCUCCGUUGUUGUGGACGGGGAUGUGAAACACUGCGUGAUCAACAGGACGUCAACAGGAUAUGGCUUCGCUGAGCCCUACAACUUGUAUUCAUCGCUAAGAGAGCUCGUUCUCCAUUAUCGACACACGUCUCUGAUCCAACACAACCAGCAGCUGAAUGUAACCCUGGCCUGGCCCGCUCUCAGUCAGCAGCACAGCUGAGACACACCAGCACACCCUGAUGGCACUUUCCCAAAGCUUCACACUAUGAGCACUUAAGACACACCCAAACGGACACUGUAACCAGGCUCAUACCGGUUAGUGUUGUCACCAUAAAAGAAUUUUCACAACUGUUUCAGAGCUAAAAAUUGGAUAACUAAUAAUUCUACACUGCUAUAACUUUAUCAUACUUAAAUUUUAAAGUUUCGAGGUAAUAUUAAGGCAAAUAUUUGGCUUCCGCACCAAGCUUGCCAAUCAAACUGGGAUUCAGUUUGAGAUACUGAGGAUUGUUUGAUGCUGUUGUCAUUGAACCCCCAGUAACCAAAUGAAUUAGCAAUAUCUAAAAGCUGUUGUCAAAAGCCAGACCGGAGCUCUGUUUUAAUCUUAAUUCGUGUUUAAAGCGAUUAUUUAUAUAGUUAAAACUCCCAUUUAUCUGCCAGCUGCACAUAAAGCUUAAAAGCACAAGAUUAAUCUUUACAGAAUUCAACAGCGAAUUUAAUCUUUUGCAGCAGGUGACAUCCUUGUUAUUAGCAGUUUUGAGAAACUUGUUGAUACUGUCAACAUGUGUCAUGUUACUCUUUACUUAGAAUAUAGAAUAUAAACCUUUCAUAAUAAGAGUAAUAAUUCUUUUUUUUUUUUUUCAUGUAAUCACAUCCAUACAAUCAUGGAAGCACCUACGCUCAAGGUGCUUCAGAGAAACUGAGCUCAGGAUGGGUCUCUGCACUACCCUGCACACGUGCAUUACGGGUUGUGCAGAAACUGAGGAGACACAAAGGCACUUUAUCCAAAACAACCCUCUGCAUGUGUGCGUGACCACACACAUGCAAAGCGUUGGGCUCCUGUAGCUGGUUUAAUUUUGAAACCCGUUUCUGGUUGUUGAGAUACCAAGCUUUAUUUAGCUCAUACGAGAGAAAACCUUGUAGCUCUCAUUGUUUUUGUCUGUCAGCAAAGAUCUGUAUUUAAUGUGCCAUCUAUAAGCUAUGAGUCUGACUAACACUGAGGCGUUUUUGUAGUUUAGCUGAGUGACGACUCCUCUCUGAAGAAAUGGUUAGCUGACUGUAACACAUUAAAUAAAAGAGGAGACAGAUCUGGUUUAAUUUCUUCUACAGAUCUAAUAAAUAAGUUCAGCCCAGUAACCUCAUAGCUAUGGCUAUGAACAGGACUUCUAAUAUUUUGAUCAGGUUUGUGGGACAUUUGUGACAACACACAAUAACUGAUCUCAUAUCACGAUGUUUGAAAGAAGUCGAAAGUUUUCAUUUUGGUGAAUAGGCUUAGAAAAGAAAACAAAAAUAUUUAGCUAGUGGGAAUUUAAGCCCUGUCCUUCUUCAGCCUGCAGCAUUGUAAACAUUUUCAUCAGGACGUUACAAAUCAGUAACCUUCUUAAGUAAAUGGAAACAUUGGCUUGAUUCGGAUUAAUGCUGUGAUAAUUUCUUGAUUCUGGACUGAUGGAAUAUUUUGGUUUGGUUUGGUUGCCUCAGAGCUUUGUUAAGGAUUUGUGGUGUGAUAUUAAACAGGAUUCAGCGGCAAGUUUUUCAGUUCUGUAGGAAACUGUUGAAUAGUGCCUUUAAGUGCUUUUCUCCAGCCGUCAUAUUUAACUGCACAAGGGUUUGAUGAACUGAACUAGCUGGAUGAAAGGAUACAAUAACACAAGCAUCCAUGCACAAAAAUGGAGCGUUUUUAUCGUAAAAGGUAGUUGCUCUCCUUUCAGUGAUUCACUUCAAGCAUUGAAUUGUCACAAUUAUUGUUAAGUAGCCCCUAUUCCUCCUGACAGUUGCCACAAUUAAUUAUCACCACCGUUGGCAUGAUAAGCUUUGCUAGUUAACAAAAUAAGAAUCCAGCUAUGGUGGACCAAAUAGAGUAUAUUUCCGUAAAAUGUGAUAAAAUUGUAGAUAUUUUUAUUUAAAUAGUUGGUACAGAUCAUUAGACUAUAUCAUUAGCUGAGUUUUGUAAAGUAGAUUUAAAUGGUGAUGGAACAUUGAGUCUAUAUUAAUAAAUAUCUUAUUUCAAAAUCAAAAUUGUUUACAUUUCAGACCGAUCCAGGGCUGGAGGGACCUGGAUAGAAAACAGGUUUGCAACCCAGGGACUCUUGAUUGUGCAAUUUGUGAGUGGAGAUGAAGUGGCGCUUGUGGAUUACAGUCAAUAAUUAGAACUAUUUUUAUUGGGAAUAAUACAGUAGUAAAUGCAGGACUGUCCUUUGUGGCUGUCCAGUAAUUAAGAUAUAAUUACCUAUACAAGAGUGUAUAUUUGACUGGUUGAUCACAAUUAAUUUUUCAGCACGUAGUUUGUCCUGUUGAACUGGUGAUUUUAAAUGCACUUCUUUGUUAACAGUCACACGCUUGAUUGUCUUUGCGUACGUACACUUGAAGUUAUCCGUUUUGUUAGACUGUUUGUUAGACUGUUUAUUGCCAUGAAGGAAUUUGGACAGAUUGCGUCCAAAUUCAGUGGAUAUGUGUAAAUGUCUGAAUUUUGCAUGCCACCCAACAGAUUACCAGAGUAUAACUAAACAGAAAGGCUGGACACUGUUUUCAAACCAGUUCUGGUACUAUAAUAACACCACCAGCUACCGUUACCUUUCUGUACUGGGUUAGCUGUACUCUGUGAGAUUCUGAGUUAUUAUUGUUAUUUUUUUUCUAUCAUUGGUGCUUGGCACUCAUUGCUGUAGUUUUCCUGAAACGCAUCUCUCGGACAUACAGUAUGAGUCAUACUAAGAUGAACCGUUUAUCAGAGUAAAUAGAAAUGCUUUCUUGCUGGUUGUGGUUUGUUGUGCCUGUAACCACAUCAGUUUGCGGUAUAGUGUUGCACAAUAGUAAACUGUCAAGUGCUGCAUUGCACAAGUUGUGGACAGAGUGUACCACAACCACCACAUGGUAGCUCAAGUAAGACUUCUAACCUGGGUGUAACCACACUAUAGGUGUCUCUCCUUCACCAUUCAGGUUAUCUGAAAUUUUGAGUGCUAAAUUUCAGAGUUAAAUUUCUAUUACUCAAAAUAAAAAUAAAUAAUAAAAAAAAAAAAUGCACUAAAUAUUGUGAAUUUUAAAAAUUAAUUGUUUUCGCAAUUGUUUUACUGAGCAGAAAUACAAAAAAAGGUAUAUGUGCACAAAAAAAAGAAAAAAGAAAAAGAAAGAAAGAAAAACAGAGAGGACCAUUGCUCUGUGGCAUUUAGAUUUAAAGCAUAGUAUUUGCACAAGUAUCUCAUGUCAGGUAGAGAUACUAUGACUGUAUUCAUAUACAUUCACCUUGUUACAAAGGCAGGUAGACAUCCUGUAGUUGUAAAUAUAAACAAGUUGCUCAAGAGAUUGAUGUAUUGUAGUGCUGGUUCCAAAAAUAAACUAAAUCUACCGUUUAGUUCAGCAAAGUCAACCAUCUUUGCAAUUACAUGUGCACAAUUUGGUCUUACUCUAUUGUCAUUGUCAUUUUUUGUAACUUUAAUGUUUUUAUCACUGUGCAAAAAAAAAAAAAAAAAAAAAAUAGAUCAAAAUAUACAAAAUGGAGAGAACACAUUUCAAACAAAUCUUUAGUAGAGGAAUAACUGGUGUCACAUAUCAUAAAAUGUGUGUCAUAGUUUACUUUGAGCUGCAAUCUUGUUAAGUAGUUCUCUGUCCAACUAAUUCUUCAUGAUGUUUUAACAACCAUGUUGUUUUGUAUUAAUAUAAUUACACAGCUACUGAAAAUGCUGUUGAUAGGCUGAAAGAUAAAAUGUUACGAGAAGACGGUGGUAGGAGUUUUACUUGUACCUGAACAGGUACCCAGUGCCAGGCGGCGACUGCUGACCUGCAUCCCUCAUGAAUAUCAUGUUUAUGACAAAAAUUACGAGAAGAACAAAUUUAACUAGUACAUGGUCUCCCCAGUCUGAUUUGUUCUUCUUACUGAGCAACUCUUGUUGACAUUUUAGGUUAGAUACCAUAGAUUUGUGGCAUGGAAGACUAAAUCAGCCAAACUGGUGCAUUGUCAGAGAUGGUUGGAUGCCUUUGGAAAGGCAUUUAUUACUGGUUGUUUUUUUUUUAAGUCUGUUUACCUUUGUUUAUGAGACUCAUGAGGGGCUUGAUAUUGCAAGAUGUAUAGAUGACUGAAUCAUUGGAAGUAGCGUGCCAUUAAAGUAAAGAAUCAAAGAGAUGGGGUUGUGAAAAGUAGGAUGGUGGAUGGGCUUGUAACGUGUUGGAAUUUGAUCCUGGAAACAGAGUUUGUAACCUGCAUUUUAUGGUGUAUUUAGCUACGAUGACAAUCACUCCCGCACCUUAAUUAAGCAAAUGUGCAUGCCUAAACAUGCACUGAAUGCUUUGAAACAUUUGCACUUAAUGUAAUUUUGAAUAUAAUCAUUCAGUCUUUUGCAGGAGUAAUGGUAACUGUCACAGUGGCAAACAGGACGUUAUAGAGAUGUUUAGAUACACGAUAAAGCAUUGGUUAGGUGGAGGAAGUAGUUAUAGUAAGUGGAAUAGAAGAGAUAGAGGAAGGUGUUGUAUGUUGGGUUUAUGGUGGACAUUAUUAAGUAUAGGAAUUUGGGAUGCACCAGUUGUGAAAAUUCAUAAACCAGUACCAAUGUUGGACUAUUAAUUUGGUGCAUCCCUUCCAUGUAUGGUCUCUAAUUUGGGUUUGAUGUAAUUGUGUGUUCAGAGGAGAGAUUUGGUAUUAGUUAUUUAGUUUUAGUGCUAGUGUGCCAUUCAGUGGCUUUACUGUACUAUCGCCCUUAACCUUCUUCCAUGCCAUAAGAUAAUGGGAUCUAGCAGUAAUAUUUUCUGAACUAGUUUCAGACAUAUGUUUGUUUAUCCUUUCAUUCUGAGUUAGAUGAGAGAAUCAUAAUCAAUAUUUAAAAUCCAGGGACUUUGAGCUGUGCUUAUGAUCAAAUACCUCUGCUUGUCUCUGUAUCACUAAUUAACAUCUGUUAAAAUCAUGUUUCUGUAACUUUGACUUUGAAUUUGUUUCCAUUGUGCUGUAUGAAAUUGUCUCAUUCAUUUGAUCUCAAAAAAGUUUUAGUUGAUAGCGCAUUUCAGUGAGAAAAUACUGUUACUGUAAAUGUUGAUUUGCUGUAUUGAUUAUGCAAGAAGAUACAGCUUGAUGUCUUUAAACAUAAAUACUGUAGCUCAUUUCAUUUUAGAAGUCAUAGCUAAAGAAAAUUGUUUGGUGUAAAACCUGAUUUUACCUACUUCAGAACAGUAUGUUCAUGUAUGCACUUUGAGAUCCCAAAUAAAUUUGAGAAUAUGGUUUAA